CUCGCACUGAAGCAUCCGUCUAUGUUCUUGGUGGUGGUGCGCCGGUGUGCUGCAUUUCUUCUCGUGUUCUUUGGUGCGCUAUGUUUUUUCUCUCCACCUUCUUACUCGGGGCUCUUUUUGUGGGGUUUUGCCCCUCUUUGGUCGUGUCCUGUAUUCUUACAGAUGCAUCCGUUCCCGUGCGUGAGUUUCUGCUGUUUGGUUUUGGUUCUGAUUUUGGUGGUGCUUUUGUAGGAGAGCGAGCACCGUGAACCCAGGGUGAUCUCUGUUCGCCUCUGUUCUUCAGUCUCACCUGUUCUUCUGCACCGUUCGUUUCCGGGUUUUUUCGCCAGAUUUUUUUUUCACUUUAUUUCCCGCUUUGUUCCGUUCCUGGGAAUUUCUGAAGUGAAGGAUUUGCUCUACCGUUUCUUGGUUCCUCCUGUUCGUGUUGCUGCGUUCCUGGGAAUUUCUGCAUGUGGGUGUUUACUUUCGCGAAGUGAAGGAUUUGCUCCACCGUUUCUUGAUUCCUCCUGCUCGUGGUUGCUACUUUUAACGCUACUGGGCGCGCGGUGACUCGGUGCUCUUGAUUUCUACCCGUCUCGAUCUCUCAUUUUCUUACUUUUAUUUUCUGCGAUGAUGUGUUAAGAACACAUUCCUUUCGUUCUUGAUGUUGAACGCUAAUUUGCAGUGUAAGAACGUGAUUUCGCUCUUCAAUGGCUCGGGUUUCGCCCAUGAUGAAGAUGGCGGCAGCGGCCGCUCGUCAGCGGUCGGCCCCUCGCAGGUCUGGCAACCACAGCAAGGCGACCCCACCGACGGAGGGGGACAUCAAGACCGUUACUAUACUCAUCAAAGACGGCUCACAAGGUGGCUUUUUCAGGGAUCUUUUUAAGUGUACUGCAGGUGCAUCAUCUUCUGCGGCCAUCCUAAUGCUUCUUUUCUCGUACAUCGACAAUUGUGGUGAGCUCAGUCAUGAGAAGACCGUGAAAUAUGUAUUGGAGCGCGAACAGUCUAGGAAUAGGGAGACUGAUGCAGUGCUCCCAGGCUCGAGUCGAGACCAAGUGCUGGUGGAGCUUCCCUUGGAGGUCUAGAAGGAAAGUACUUGAGGGGUUGAAAAGGAAUCUCAUCCUAACAAGAAUUGAGGACUGAUAAGUUCUGAGUUUGCAGUAUACUUCUUUACAACUUCAGUUCGUUUAUAGUCUGCUGAUGCAUUCAUAUAGACAAUUUUGUGGUUGUUUUAGUUCGUUUGUUGCUGGUAAAUCCUCUAGUUACAAUGUAUCAAACUGUGGUGGCAAUUUUGUCAUGACCUAACAGUGAGGCACUUUAGAACUGAAAACAGUUUUUGUGAUAGUUGAUGAAUGGAUGGUUAUGAUGCACUUGGAAUUA